AUGGGACAUCUGAUUACUCUUGCAACUUCGCUCAACCAAUGGGCACUUGAUUUUCAGGGAAAUUAUGAGCGCAUCAUCGAGAGCAUCCGUAUAGCGAAGGAGCGGGGUGCAACACUACGCGUUGGACCAGAGCUUGAGAUUCCGGGUUAUGGAUGCUUGGACCAUUUUCUUGAGGGUGAUACCGUUCUGCACUCUUGGGAGGUCCUCGCGAAGAUAUUGGCCCACGACGUUGCGGUGGACAUUAUGUGCGACAUCGGAAUGCCCGUCGUGCACAAGAACGUUACAUAUAACUGCCGUGUCAUCAUCCACAAUCGCAAGAUCAUACUCAUACGUCCGAAGAUGUGGCUUGCAAAUGAUGGGAACUACCGUGAACUCCGUCAUUUCACCGCGUGGGCCAAGCACCACGAGUGGGAAGACCACUAUCUCCCUCGUAUCAUUCAGGCCGUCACAGAACAAGUCAAGGUCCCAUUCGGGGACUGUGUCAUCAGCACGCACGAUACAUGCGUAGGAGUCGAGCUCUGCGAGGAGCUCUUCACGCCAGCUAGCCCACACAUCCUCAUGGGCCUCGACGGCGUCGAGAUCUUCACGAACUCGAGUGGAAGCCACCAUGAACUGCGCAAACUCAAUACGCGUGUCGAUCUUAUCAAGGAAGCCACUCAGAAGCUUGGAGGUGUUUACCUAUAUGCGAAUCAACAGGGUUGCGAUGGAGACCGUCUGUAUUAUGAUGGAUGCGCUAUGAUAGCCCUCAACGGGAAGGUCAUCGCGCAAGGCUCUCAAUUCAGUUUGAGCGACGUUGAAGUGGUCUCUGCGACCAUCGAUAUAGAAGAUGUGCGCGCACACAGAUCGCAUAGUUCUCGCGGUACCCAGGCCGCUCAAGCGAAGCGGUACCAUCGCAUCGAGGCGCCCAUCGCACUGAGCCCUGGGAAAUUUGAAGAGAUACUGGAUCUGAACCGCCCACAUCCCGCAGACUUCGAAGUUCGCUACCAUCGGCCAGAGGAGGAGAUCGCUCUCGGGCCUGCAAGCUGGCUUUGGGACUAUCUGCGUCGGAGUAGGACUCAGGGGUACUUCCUUCCCUUGAGUGGUGGUAUCGACAGUUGCGCGACUGCUACGAUCGUGUUUUCUAUGUGUAGACUAGUAGCAGACGCAGCUCGACGAGGAGAUGCGAACGUCAUCGCCGAUGCCCGCCGUAUCGCCGGGGAGCCCGAGGAUUCCACCUACAUGCCAACAGACCCACGGGAAUUCUGCAGCCGCAUCUUCCAUACAUGCUAUAUGGGCACAGAGAAUUCAUCCAAGGAAACGCGACAGAGGGCGCGGCAGCUCGCUGAGGACAUCGGCGCUUAUCAUACAGACUUGAACAUGGACUCAUUAGUCACCGCCGUGCGAGAGCUCUUCGCAUUUGUGACAGGCCAGCGUCCGCGCUUCCGCGUCCACGGAGGGACGUCGGCGGAGAACCUAGCGUUGCAGAACAUACAAGCUCGUCUGCGCAUGGUUGUAGCUUAUCUCUUCGCCCAGCUUCUUCCGUGGGUCCGUGGGCGCGUCGGUGGCUUGCUGGUGCUCGGAUCCGCCAAUGUGGACGAGAGUCUACGAGGCUAUCUCACGAAGUAUGACUGCUCUUCCGCAGACCUGAACCCAAUCGGCGCCAUCUCCAAAACAGAUCUGAAGAAGUUCAUAGCCUACGCCGAGACAGAGUUCUCCCUACCCAUACUGCACUCGUUCUUGACCGCCGUCCCCACCGCGGAGCUCGAACCAAUCAGCGAGACAUACGUGCAGGCGGAUGAAGCGGACAUGGGGAUGACCUAUGACGAGCUGAGCGUAUUCGGCCGCCUCAGGAAGGUCGACAAGUGUGGGCCGUACAGCAUGUUCACCAAACUGGUACACGAAUGGGGAAGCUACCUUUCUCCGACACAAAUUGCGGACAAGGUCAAGCACUUCUAUUUUGAAUACGCCCGCAACCGGCACAAGAUGACAACACUGACGCCCAGCUACCAUGCGGAGAGCUAUAGUCCAGACGAUAAUCGCUUUGAUUUGCGCCCCUUCCUUUACCCUGCACGCUUCCCGUGGCAAUUCAAGAAGAUUGACGACGUAGCUGCCGCGUUACCCGACCGAUCACACACGGUGCAGAAGACGAAGACAGACUGA